UAUGACAAAAUAAUUUUGUGUCAAAACAACCAUUUUAAAAGAAAAAAAAAACUGCAUAGGAAAUAUUUUUGAUCUAAGUCAUUUUUCAAUUCUAGGAUAUAUAUAAAAAUCUGUUAUUUGUUCUGACAAAUUUGUUAAUGAAUAAGAUUUUGUAUGGUCAACGUUGGUUCAUUGCAUAAUAUUCAUCCAUAGCAUAUUACUACGCAUUUAAACGUUUUAAUUUUGUGGUUAAGCAGGGAUUUUCUGAGAUAAAGAAGGAAAUCUGUGGAGUGAGAGUUGUCGAUUGUGCCUAAGUGUUCUAUAUUGCUGCUCUGAGCUGAAUUACGGAAGACUAAAUCGAAUUUCAACUUUUCUGAAGCCAACUCUUCGGAAAUGGUUCAGUUGUUCUACUAUGAAAAUCACGGCCAGGGCUGCCGGAAGAUUCUAAAUCACGAGGGCUCUCCAAGCAAGAUCUUCCUUUUCGCAGACGAGGGGUACGCGCGGACUGCCCCUAACGCCCACUGGAUUCUGAAGAGGCCUUGGUGGAGCAGAACUUUUUGCAAGAUCACAGAAAUCACAGCCACAAGACGUGUUAGUGCACGUGCCAAGCUCGUGGACAUGGGCAAAGGAAAUAUGUGCAUCAAGGGAAAGUUUAAGAACGUCGAGGAUCCAGAUUUCAGGUGGGUGUUUAGGAUGUACUUGACGACCCACGUCAGCUUUGCCGACUUCAAACAAGGCUACAGCAUGACGGGAACUUUAGAGAGGGGGAAUAAGAAGAAGGAAGGCUUUCAUCUCACGCAUUUUGCCAUGCUGAAGAGGAAGGAUUAUUUGAAAGAUGAUAACAACAAUAAAUAAGGCUAGAAAACACAACAAGAAUUUAAGUUAUAUUGUUGCUGUCAAAUUUUUUCGAAGGAGUUUCACGAAAUUAUCAUUAGUCUUUCUUUCUUUUUUUUUUUUUUGUAAUACCUGUUCUUUGAUAUUGCAUUCCGUAAUGUUGGUUUCCCUCCGGGUGCGAAAGCCACAAAAUACGUUGUUAUCGUUUCUCUGCAAUAGAAUAUUGCUGUGGUUUUGUACUAGCAAUAACAAUGUUACUUUUAAUUUUACGCCAUAGCGCAAUCAGCAAAGCACGGUUCAGUGUAAAAAAAAACUUGGAUGAACUAAAAUAAACGACAGCCAAGAAGUGAGUAGAAGGAUGUGUUAGCUAAAUUAAAUGAAACCUAUAACAAACGCCGAAGUAGGCGACACAAAACGUCGUAGGCGACACAAAACGUUUGUCAACGUAAGAGAGAGAGAGAGAGAGAGAACCGCUUGUGCAAUUUAAGCAAAUGGGACUGCAGUGUCUGCCAUCUAUUAAAAAGGUAUUAGUAACGUUUUCAGAAUCGGCAGUGAGUGUGUACAUGAAUCGAUUAAUUUUUAUUUAAAAAUAUUUAUGUAUGGGCUGCUAAAUGUUUUAAAAUAAAGUAGCUGUUGAUGAUAAAGAAACUAAUUCAGCAACAUGAAUGUGGGGAAUAAAUAUUCAGAUUUGAUCACAUAAGACCUUUGGAAAAUUCCUCGUGCAAAGAUAUGAGACUUUACCACAAUAAUGCAAUGUUACUGCUGGUUUUGCGGUCGUUAAAGAUUUGUUUUAAAGCUCAUAAGUAUGCUUAAAGAUAGAUUUUUCACAUAACAGGUUGUUAUUCACUACUUCGAUAUUCAUUCAGAUAUCAUAAAACAUUUCUUAUAUUUUCAUUCAACAUACGUAGUUAAACUCAAAAACAAUUUUUAUUCAGUUGUUCCAUUACUUUACUUGUUUGACAACAAAGCGUUAUUUGUAUCAUUGUAUUUGCUGAGAAAAUAAGAGCUUAUAUUGAAUAUGUUGAUGUGUUAUUUGGAUUUUUUUUUAUUUCUCUUUCUUUUUAACAAAGAAUAUAUUUAUGUGUUUGAAUUAUUAAUUGUAUUAAUAGUGAAACAUAUGUUAAAUAAUGCUUGUACACUGGAUCAAAAUUAUACUAUUAUUUUUUUAUUUUGUUUUCAAAACAAAAACUAAGCUAUCUGUUGAUGUUAUUCGUAGCAAUACUGAAAACUUACAUCCUCGAAUUUACAGGGAUUCUAAGAAACCAGUACCUGCGUCAGUAUAUAGACCCAAGAGGUACUCGAUUAUACACUUAGGCCUAUUAGAAUAUUUGUUGAAGUUAAUUUUACUUUUUGAAAUUUGUUUCAAUGAAUUUCUAACAGCAUUCAGUGAUUCAAUUCAGUCAGUUCAAUUUCUUUUCAUUUCAAUUUUGCUUUCACAUUUAAUUUUGGUACUAUGUUUUGGUUGUUUCUGAAAUUAAUUGAAUUGGGAAUUAAGACAUGUGAUCCCUGUAAGACCAUUGCCUGAUAAUCUUAUGAUCAUUAAGCCCAAAGAGUUUUUUAUUUUGAUAAAUAUCGCCUACAUAUGUGGAUUACGAAAGUGACAAAUGGUGGUUUAAAUAUUUUCAAUGCAAGUACCAAAACGUGUAUUAAAAUUCAUUAAAUUUACCAAGCUGUAAGAAUUUACAUUUUUUUAAUAAAGAAUAGUUUCGAAUGUGAUGAUCUACAAAGAAAACAAAAUUGUUUUGAAUGUGAAAAAAAAUAAAAAAUAAAAAGAAGAAAGAAAAAAGAAAAACGUUCCUAUGAGCUACUGAAUGAAACGAUUUUGAAGAUUAAUAUUUGUUACUGCUCUGCUGUCUCCAAUUCUGUAUUUUAACCAUGAAACUAAAUCAUGAAAUUCGAGUGUUACAAUUAGAUAUAAAUGGUUAAGUGGAUGAAGCUUGUCUAAAAUAUAAUAAUACGUGCAAAAGAUUUUCAAUGGAUGCAAUCCCAUUGUCAUUCUUGGAAACUCACCUUAUUUUACUCUCACAUUUCCAUCCAAUAUAUCAUCGUCCAAUGAUUAAGCUAUACAUGCAGACAUUUUCUGUGAACAAUUCCAUCCUUACAAUUGUCUAUUGGUAUACUAAGGCAAUUUUUUUUAUGGAUUUUAAGCUGAAGUGCAAUGCAUUUUCAUCGGAUUUUAAUCUUCUUACAAACAAAGUUUUGACAUUGCUCACACAUUUUUUUUCUGGGAAGCAUUCGUAGCAGUAGAAUCACUGUUGAUAGUAGAUUUUAGUGAUUUGAUAGUAGCUCGGUUUAUAAUUCUAUACAAGCAUGUCUACUGCCAGUUAAACCUACACAUUUUUUUUUCUGAAAGGCUAUACCAGGGAUGGAAAAACAUAUAAAGGGCUUAUGAAUAAUUUUGAGAAUUAUGGUUCUGUAAUUAUUAUGCCAUACUAACAGCAACAUGUUUGAAAAUACUAUAAAUGUUUUAGUGUAAUGUAUUAUAGAGACCGACAGAAACUAAAAUCUUAGGCGCCAGGAUUAAAUUUUAGGCUCCAGACAAAUUAUUUCUCAAAGUUAAUAGGAAAAUUCAGUAUCACGUUGCUUCUGAAAGAUCCUUGUACUGAAUGAACUAGUCGCCAAGGUAUUUCUUGUCGCCAAGGAUUUGUCAGAUUCUGCGUAAAUAAAUAUUGUUAUCAGUUAACAGAAAACAUAAUUACAUUAACUGUAAAUACUUAUUGAAUACAUUGAUUUUGAGGCAGGCUAGUAAACGAAUAAGCUUUUCUUAAAAAACUUAUUUUUUAGUAAACAACAAAAAUUGUUGAGGACUGACAAGGACGCUUAAAAAAAGUCAAGAAGGUAGCAUGCAGCUGUUUUCCCAAGCCUGGUCUAUGCAUUUAUUGAGUUUAUUAUUAUUAUAUAAUCAAAGCUAUACUUGACAAAAUUUAUAGCAUGUAUUGCCGUAUAAAAUUGCUGAAAUAGUUCUGAUUAUAAAGAGCAAUUUAAUGCGGAUAAAAAACAAAUAGGUUGUUUCCCAAUUAGCUCAAUGUUAUUUUCUUAGUACGGAUUUCAAGAAUUUAGGGAUAAAUUUGAGUAGCGAAUGUUAAGUUUCCAGCAAUUACAAAAUAUAUAUGCUUAAAAGUGUGCGAUUAGUUGCUUG